GAAUUUGUUGAAUUAUCUAACCUGUCAAAGAAAACAAUUCAAGCAAAGGAAUUUGUUGAAUCAUCUAACCCGGUCAAAGAAACCUAUAAGCAUAAGGAUUUAUUGAAUCAUCUAACUCGGUCAAAGAAAACAAUUUAUAAGCAUAGGGAUUUAUUGAAUCAUCUAACCCGGUCAAAGAAACCAAUUCAAGCAAAGAAAUUUAUUGAAUUAUCUAACCCAUUUAAAGAAACCAAUUUGUAA